UCUUGAAAAAAAUCCUGCCAGUUUUAAUGAAGUACCCUUGUUUUGGGUUCAGUCGCUGACGUAAACUUUUUUUUUUUCACACGCUCGGGCGAAACGUCCCAGCGGUGACCUCAUCCAAGCGGAGGGGAAAACAAAAAAAAAAAAAAAGAGAGAGAAAGAAAGAAACGCGACUGACAAGCUGCCUGCGUACAGCUCUCUGUAUGAAUCAACACGCACGUUCGCCAAGAACAAACUCAACGCGCGCACAAAAUCGCUGACUUUGACCCGUCGCCGCGUCCGCGGUAAAGAUGCGUUCCCCCGACCCCCAGAGCCCGUCUCCGGACGAAGCUCUCCUCCACGGGCAGUUCGGAGGGUGGAGCAGCGGCGGAGGAGGCGGAGGUGGCGGAGGUAGUAACAAUAACAGCCGCCCCAGCAGUCCCAGUUUGCCCUCCAGCCCAGCCGCGACCUACGCCCUGACCCUCACCCACACCCACGUCCACGUCCAGCGCCUCUCGCCCCGCCCGGGGAAGGAGUCGCGGCUGCUGAUCCCCCUGGUGGAGCUGGCCGGGUGUAGCUGUCCCCGUUCCCCGUUCCCGCCCCUGCUGGUGCUGUACUGGUAUCCUCCCGGCAAGCGCAGGAAGGGCGUGUCCAGGAGGAGGCAGGUGAGGGCGUACCUGGCGGAGAGCAGGCAGGAGGCGGAGAAAUGGUUCGCGGCCGUCCAAUGCCUGCUGAGGGGCGUGCCCGUCAGUGCUACCACAGAAUUUAGCAAGAGCCUGUUGCCCCGCCCUCGUCGCCUGCUGCUGUUGGUUAAUCCAUUUAGUGGGCGGGGUCAGGCUAUGCAGUGGUGUCAGACACACAUCCUUCCCAUGAUCCGAGAAGCGAAUAUAAGCUACAACCUCAUUCAGACAGAGCGUCAGAAUCAUGCACGGGAGCUGGUCAGAGAGAUCUCUCUGCCAGAAUGGGAUGGCAUCAUCAUCAUCUCUGGAGAUGGACUGCUCCAUGAGGUGAUAAACGGUCUCAUGGAGAGACCAGAUUGGGAACAAGCAAUAAAAACUCCGGUGGGAAUUUUGCCCUGCGGUUCUGGGAACGCCCUGGCUGGAUCCAUAAACCACCACGCGGGGUAUGACAUGUGCCUUCGGGAGCCUCUUCUAUUAAACUGCUGCUUCCUGCUCUGUAGGGGUGGGGUGAGGCCCAUGGACCUGGUGUCCGUGACAACAAGCCCCUCCUCUUCUUCCUCGUCCAAUCAGAACGGGCGUCCGACGGCACCCAGAAGGCUGUUUUCCUUCCUGUCCGUGGCGUGGGGCUUCGUGUCGGACGUGGACAUUGAGAGCGAGCGAUACCGGGGACUGGGUUCGGCUCGUUUCACGCUGGGGACUCUCGUGCGACUGGCGUCGCUGCGCUCUUACAAGGGUCGGCUGUCCUACCUGCCCCCGAACGCAGUCACGGCCUCGCCGGACGCCACCCCGCAACCUCCAAAGAGACCUCUCUCGAGAAGCAUCACGGAGGGUCUGGAGGGCUUUUGCAGAACGCCUAUCCACAGGACUGUCUCGGACAUGGGGUUGAGCGAACAGAGGAGUUUGAGGAAGGGUGAUGGGGAGAGAGAAAGGGAGGAGAGAGAGAGGGAGAGAGAGAGGAGGAGGGAAAGGGCAAGAGGUGUAGGGGUCGUUAGAGCCAGCAGCCUGGCGGAGGACAGGGAAAGAGAGAUAGAGGCGGAGGAGAAGAUGGAGGAGAGGUCGGGGACCAGCUCAGAAUCGAACGAAAGGGAGGAGUGCGACGGGGACGACAAGAGCGAAAGGUCGGAAGAAGGUAGCAGAGAAAAAGAGGAUGAAAGAAUGACGGAGCGUGACAGUGGGAUAGAUGGGGAAGGUGUUAUGGAAGCCAGGGAAGUGAGUGAGGGAUACGGGGUAGAUGAAGGGAAAGAGGUGGAUGAGUCCGAGGGGAAUUACGCCCCGGAUCCCCGUAAGGUCCUGCGCAAAAACUCCGCCCCUUCCAGUCAGAUCGUCAAUGCUGCUUUUUUCAGCCAGCCAAUAGGCUCGGAUUCUGACCGGGACAUGGAGUCGUCGACCUACGGGGAUGUAGAUGAGGAUUUGAAUGGCACGUACUUCCAGCGAGAGGCGUACCCUCUGGAAGGCGCUCGCGAGCGAGCCCUGACCAUCUCGUCCUCUCCAUUCCGCAAGUCCCCGUUCUCCUUCAAACCCAAGAACGUGGAUCAGAACCAGAACUCGACCCGUCCGCGUCCUCUCUCCCUCCUCCACCACCCCAACACUAACUCCCUCCCCCCGAAACUUCCCUCGCUCUCCCUCUCCCUCUCCCCUACGCCUCCCCCGUCCCCGUCCUGCGCCUCUCCACACUCCUCCGCCUACCUCGCGCCUCGUCCCAACACUCCCGGCUCGGCGUCUCCCUCCCCUUCGCUCCGUUCCCCCUCUCCCUCAUUCACCUUCGACAUCGCCGAACCCGCCGGCCCACUUAAAAACCGCUCACCUCUCUCGACCUCCUACUCCCCUCCCCGAGACGACCUCCUGCCCCCGCUGGACCAGCCUCUGCCCACGCGGGACUGGGUGACGCUGGAGGGCGACUUCGUGCUGGUCCUGGCCAUUUACCAGACGCACCUGGGCGCGGACUUGCUGGCCGCCCCGCAGGCCCAGUUUGACGACGGGCUGAUCCACCUGACGUUCGUUAGGGCGGGCAUCUCUCGGGCCACCCUCCUCAGGCUGUUUUUGGCCAUGGAGCGGGGGGCGCACCUGUCCCUCAGCUCACCUUACGUUAGCCACAUUCCCGCCAGAGCCUUCCGACUCCAGCCUCUCUCCCCCAGGGGGACCCUGACCGUGGAUGGGGAACUGGUGCCCUACGGACCCCUGCAGGCCCAGAUUCAUCCCUCCAUGGCCAGGCUCAUCGUCGGCGAUUCGGGAGUAAGGGUCACCAGAUUCUAACCAGACGAGAUUCAAGCGAAUGGGUGCGGAUUAGCUGACGCAAAGAGAUUUUCUUUUUUUUUCUUUUUUUUUACCCUCCCCGCUCUUUGUCUGGAUUAUGUAACAUCUCACCAUCCACAUCUGGAGAGAGAGAGAGAGAGCGGGCAAACACGAGAGAGAUUGAAGAAUUAAAACAACCAGCGAUUGCAAUAAUAACAGAUU